AUGACUGAUCUGGAAUUCCCUUUCUGCCAGCCUAUAAAUCCCAACCCGUCGCCCUCUGCACAGUCAGCGGCCGUCCAAGCAUUUCGCGCAUCCCAAGCCGCACACGCAAAUGCAAAAUUGUCCUCGUCGGCGGCCGCAGCAGCUCUACGAAAGCACACUCCGACUCCGACAUCGGUCGAAGAUGUCCAGACGAGGCGCAUGUUACAAAGAAAGCAAUCCGUUUCGUCGAUUGGAACUUCCAAGGAAAGUAUCCAGCGCGGACAGGAUGUGACUGUGCGUAGGGCGAAAAGUAUGAGCUCCAUGAGCAAGAGGACGUUCAGGGAUAGUUCCCCUGGGCUAAAUUCUCCGGUAGGCGUUGGGCAUACAGAGCAUAAAGAUGAGAUUGAUCCUGUACCUCCUCUGCCACGGGUUUACGCAACAGCUACUGCCCCCACGCAUCGACGGGCCAUUAGCGGCGGAAAUACCGGCCGGCGUGCGAUUUCUCCGCAGACACAGCUGGUUGGAACACAAGCAACCAGUGGGAACGAUCCGGGUCAGCCAACGCAGGGAAAUACUGCCGGACCUUCUCUUGGAUUGCAGAGGAGGAGCAGUAGGAGCUCCAUUAACUUCUCCUAUCCCAUCAAUGCCCGCCCAAACUCGCCACGGCAACCGUCAAUUACAAGCGUUCUUGCGGAUACUCCCUCGAUACGUACUUUGUCUCCUGCAGGAUCGCUCAACACGAACUUUUCGCCCCAUGUAUACGCUCCCCAAAAGGAAACAAAGGCUGAUUCGAUAGGGCAAACGAGCCAGGUCGACUGGGAAUAUUCAACUGGCGCUGGCCAUCAGUCAAUACACGCGGAUGGCUCCAAUGCAAAAUACCAGAUGGAAAAGAAUGUGCGGUCCCCAGAAGAAAAUAAGGGACAACAAUAUGAUCCCGAUUCGCUUGACUCUCAUACACUCGCCUCUGGUCACAUCCCGCCUGAUUUUCUGAGAAGACAUCCAUCUCCGAUCCCUGAGACCCACGAGAUAGGGGAGGGAACUAGAGACGGUGGGUUAAUGCCAGAGAAACAGGAGCCUGGCUAUAUUUCUCUGCUUAGGGAAGAAGCGCGAAAAGAGAUAAAUGCUCUGGAAAACAAAAGAUACAUACGGAAGCGAAGAGCCUCUCCUUCUACCGUGUCUGAUUCAUCGUUACACCUUCCAGAGAGACAAACACAACCAGGAGCCAAGGAUUGGACUCGGCCGUCAGCGAAGCGCCUUCAGGCCGAAAGGCCCUCGUCUCUUAGUCCAUCCAGGUCGACAAGAUUCUCAGAGCAUUUGGAGAUUGCCUUUCCGGGAGAUCAUCUUCAUGAACCUCCACCGCGGUCAAAAUCUCCCGUCAAGUCGGCCUUGAAAACCACCGCGCCAACCCACACUGUCCCGUCUGAUCCCUCGGAUACGCAUAAUUUGAAGAUAGCAGACGUUCUUAGUGAAUCCGAGGGGACAUCCGUCCUUUCUGACGAAGGGUCGAGGCUGAGCUGGAAGAGAAGACCUGCAAAAGUGACUUUUGAAGAUGAAGCUGAAAUCCUGGGCGCCACGGCUAGUCCCCCUACCUCUCUUGAUUCAAUUGUUCCCUCGAGUCCACAGUCGAAGUGGAACGACAGUCUUCGUAGCAGGUGUAGCCAUACCGAUGACCUUGAUGACGUAAUGAAACCACGGCCAGCCCUUCCAUCAUUCGGGAGUAUACGAGGUCGAAGGAGGACUGUUGAGGACGAUAAAUCGUUUACUAUCCGACCGGAGAAUGGCAGACCGCUGUUAGCAGAUUCGGUGUUUGCCGAUUCAUUUUCAGGUGACUUUGCCAUUGGUGAAGUCUUGGAAUCUCACUCGCGGCAGACAUGCCAGACAAGCCGGGCCGUGCCGUGGCCAUCAGAAGUCACUUCACUUGACGGAUCAGGAUUUGACUCUCCCUCUGAGAGUGAAUCAUCGAGUGACGAAGCUGACCCUAGUGAGUUCAUUUUGCCUGGGCAGGAUAUCUCGGGCUUGCGACACUUUCGGGGAAAUGAAUUGGACCAGCCAGACAAAAAUUCAAUCGCCUGUGUAGGAGAGUACAAGAAAACCGACGUCGUCGUCCCGAUAAUUGCAAUUCAGCCUGCUACUCCAAUGUUCGAAGAAUAUCCAAACGCUAGGCCUGAAAGGAACGGGAUCCCACGUUCUUUCCCAGGCAUCUCAAAUUUAAAAAACAGCUUGGAUAUAAGCAAGAGUGAACGAAAACUUUUGAACCGACAGAAAAUGAGCGAGAUUAAUGCUGCUAACGAGCCGAUCGAUACGGAUUCUGAGUCCGGAGAUAGCGUUUACAGCGAUGCUGCAGAGAAUCUUGAUGACCUAGAAGGCGAUGGUUUUGGCUCUAUAAAUGCGAUUGUCUCCGGUCCUACGUCUCAGGGUCGUAUCCUCCAUGCAUCUAGCCCGGCAGACCCUCCCAUUUCCUCUGUGGGAGGCGAUAAAGAUGUUCCUCAGCCCAAUGUGGAGAUAUACUCUACCGAGAUUCAGCAUCAGUCCCCACCCAUUGCUAGCCCCCGAAAGGAAGCAGUCUCCGCUAGAACCGUCUAUGAUAAGGACAAUUUGCGUGAGGAGCAGCCAGUCUCGAAACCUGUCCGUCAACGUUCCUUAAAACAAGCUAAAAUGAACGGCGCACCUCGGUUCGGCGGUAUCAGCUCGGAGAAGCCAGUUCAGGAGUCAGCCCCCCAGGAACCUAGAAGAAACACAACCGAGUCUCAAAGUCCAGCCUCCGCCACUACUCUAGAUACCAGACGGCGGAAUUUUAGGAAUUCGGCGUUAAGUAGCCCUAUUCAAAACAAUCCUAUAUACUCGGACAGUGUGAACAAAUCCAAAGCUGUGGGCCAGCAGCCUAGGAGAGCCCAAACUGUAUCGUAUGGCAGCCUUGCACGGCAGUCUCCUCAACGAAAUCCAUCAAAUGGCAGCGAUUCAUCGAGCAGUUUCAAGCGAGAAAGACGGUCACCAGCAGGUACUAGAACUUACACCUUACGGCGGACAAUGAGAAGUGGCGCUGGACAUUCGAAGGCAGAUGAUCUCGAAAAAAGUAAUCACGCAGCUGCCUCAUCUUCUAUUUCUCAUCAGCACCACCCGUUUUCCUCUGGGGAUAGCCAUCCAAUUCUACGAGGGACGCUACGUGGCUCCAGCUCUGUAUCACACUUGAAAUCGCAGUCGACUUCGUUUUCUGGGUUUAGAAGCCUAAGGUCGAAACACCCAUCAGGCUUCAAAUCUCGAUUUGCUGAUUCUAGUGAUGAAGAGCUUGACGUGCAAAAGUUCACUCCAGUCCGCGGAAUUCCACGGAGAAGGGGCGCGAUCGAUGGAGACUCAACCGAUCUCGAGGAUAGCUCUGAUAGUGAUGCUCCGCGAAACGUCGUCAGAAGAUUGCGCUCUAAGCGGCCUACUUCUAAGAGGGGUGCUGCCCCGGUGCUUGCAGUUGCCGCAGGAGACACUCUAUCAAACCACAAGCCAAGCGCUACAACCUUGUUGCAUGAUCAACAAUUCCCCACAUACCAGGAAAAGCCGAAAAGGGGUGUUCUCAGCCGGAUGAGUCUAUCGAGACGACAUGCCCACGGCGAAACCAAGAUCCGGAAAUCGGAGAUUGAGAGUGCUGCUAGAAGGGAUACUCCACUGGAGAGAACUCAGCCUGAGCUUGACCGGGUGCGCGAUGCCAAACUCUACAUGGGUGGAUAUGCUUAUGUGCCGGGAACUGUUACCAACAUUAGCGGUCCUUCUACUCCCGUCCCCAAGAGUAAAUGGUCUCGCCUUUCUCCUCGAUCUGCGAAACAAACAAACAAGCUCACCCGCCAAUCGGGUAAUUCCAAAGUUAUUUCAUGGCCGUUACCUGCUCCAGGCGAGACUCCUCCUCAUAUACCCCGAUUAUCAUCGAAUGCUAGCGAUAAUGGACGAGGGCCCGGUCUCAACUCCGUUGCUCAUAGCAGCGAAAACCCUCAUCGACCACAUACUUCCGACGGCUUGAAUCGGAGUAAAUCUCAGAUAAUUCCGCGUGAUACCUCGAGUGACGUGGAUUCUACCUGGACAUCGCGAUUUCUGCACAACCGGCACAAUCGCAGAGGCACUGAGAGCGCACUGAACCCGCAAGCUGGCGGGGGUUCAUCGGGGGGAGCCACGAUGGCCACCGAGGGCAAGAAGAAGAGUAGAUUCCCAAGACUACGGAAAGCGUUUGGAUUAUCAUGACUCUCAAUCCUGCCUUUUAAGUUAUGUACGAUCUAUAUGCCUUAAUGUUGCCCCCAUCCCUUUCGGAUUAUGUGUGGUACGGUGCCCCAUUUUAACGCCAUGUUAUGAUACUAUACAUAAUAUUAAUGAUUAAUUUCACAUGGUUGAUGUCUCUUAUUCUGUAUAGCUGCUGCGCUUUAUUUCUGGUUUAUUUCUAGCUACCUUCAAUACUCGCUUAGAACGGAUGUGCUUAAAGGGGACUGGAUAUACCCAUACAUCUGUUACGCUUUUUGCCCUUCCAGUUUUCUACCUCCCAUGAGGAGGGCAAAGCAAUUCUGCCCACUGAAUGCUAAAUAUAAUGCAGAAUAAUCAGUUAAGGAUAUGAAACUACGUAUGAGAAAUCAUUGUGAAGCUCAUG